GCCGACGCGGCCUAUGGAGCGGCCUGGUCGCAGGCGCCUUCGCUAGAGUAGUUGCGGGAGAGGGAGGCCGAGAAGCGCCGUUUCCAGCGGGAGGGAGGCCCCUUUCGUCGCCUCGCCUAGGGGCUGAGGCUCCGCGGCCCUCCCCGAAUGGGCGAUGAGGGUCAGGCGGAGGCGCAGCGUCGCUCGGCCGCUGCCCUGAACCCAAUAAAGCUGAUGGGCCGAUCCAUCAUCCGCCAGCGCCGCGCCGCGCGGGCCCUUCCGGUCGGGGCCUCUGCGCCGUCGAGGCUUCGCUUUGCUCGGGGGAAAUCAAGCCGGCCUCUCGCCCCCCAGGGGAGGCUGCCGAAGGGGCUCCACCGGCGCAGCCUGCGGUGGGGGAGACGCUAUGGGGACGGAGGGGUGGGCAGCUUUUCAACCAUCCCUGUUGACGCGCCAUUAAGAGCAGCUUGAUCAGAAGCAGCAGAGGGUGAAACCGCAUGGACUCAGGAUUCACGCUGGCCUGAAAGAGAUAAAGUCGCUUUAGGAAAUAGCUGGGACUUGGGAGACAUGGCUUUGGGUUGUGCGGGGAGAAAUGGAGAAACCUACGUGGUCUGGGCCUGAACAGUGAAUAUAGAGGAGAACAGAAGGGAUAUAUCACCGACCAUCUUUGCUGAUAGCCUCUUGCAUUUAGAAGAAGAAUAAUCUUUAUUUGCAUCAGCUACUAGCCAUAGCAAUAAAAUAAAAUGUGCUGAAGAGAG